GAAAGUAUGUUAAAGUUUGCUUAUUUUGCUAUUUGUAAAUGUCGAUAAUACUAUUUGAACAUUUAAAAUAUCGUUCCACGUUGACGUGCUGGAUGUGAUCUCAGGGAGGAGGAGCGGUGCUGCCAUGGCUGUCGGGGCUUCGGUCGGGGAGAGCCAGCUCCAAAGGAUUAUCCGAGAUCUACAUGAAGCUGUUGGGGAACUCGCUAAAGAGUACAAGGAAAAUGGCGAGCCAAUCACAGACGACAGCACCAGUCUGCACAAGUUCUCCUACAAACUGGAGUAUCUGUUACAGUUUGACCAGAAGGAGAAGACAACAUUUCUUGGCACAAAGAAAGAUUACUGGGAUUACUUUGCUGACUGCCUGGCUAAAAUUAAAGGCGCAAACGAUGGCAUUCGCUUUGUCAAAUCCAUAUCAGAGCUGAAGACAUCAUUGGGGAAGGGCCGAGCAUUCAUUCGUUACUCCCUUGUGCACCAGCGAUUGGCGGACACGCUGCAGCAGUGCCUCAUGAACCAGAGAGUCACCAGUGACUGGUACUAUGCAAGAAGCCCCUUUUUGAAGCCUCACCUAAGUGUCGAUAUCAUCAAUCACUUGUACGAACUCAACGAGAUUCACUUUGACGUCGCCUCCAGAGGAUAUGACCUUGAUGCCUCCUGGCCUACUUUUGCAAGGAGGACACUGGGAGGUGCAAGCUCACCCGGACACACAUGGAAACCACCAAGUCGUAGUUCCAGUAUUAACAGUCUGGCCAGCAAUUACUCCCAGCAAGCAUCUGAUUUCCUGUCAAGCCCUGACUAUGGUCAGAGUCUGCUGAAUGACCUGAACGAGUCCUUGCCUCCAUGCAGCGAAGACGUCAGCACUGUUGAAGAACUACGUCUGGAGCUGGAUCGCUCUGAUUUGAAACAGCAGGAACUCCUGAAUAAAGUGCAGCAGAUGAGCGGGGAGGCCGAGGAGCUCAGAGGGGUUGUGGUAGCGUUGCAGAGGCAGCUUGAUCUAUCGCUCACAGCGCAAGAAGAGCAACGAGGUUUGCAGGGAGAGCUAAGGGAUCUGCAAGUUAGAGAAGAGAGUCUUUCUAGAGAAGUGGAAAAGCUCAGGACUGUAGAAAAAGCCAUGGAAUCGGAACAGCGCCUUCUUCAAGAAAAGUUGGCGGCCACUGAAGGGAAAAACAUUGAGCUGCUGGCCAAGUUGGACGGGGUUCUGAGUGAGAAGGGCCAACAGGCAGCCAGUCACUUUGAUUCAGCACAAAAGAUACACGAGCUGUUGGACAGCUUGAAGGAGGCAGAGAAGUGUAAGAUCGAGGCAGUUGCUGAGUCUGAGGAGAAGAAGCGGCAGACAGAAAGGACAAAGGAAGAGAUGAGGGCGAAGGAGGCUGUGGCAAAGGAUGCUGAAACGAAGCUAAGAGCAUUACUGACAUCUGAGUCUGAGGAGAAUAGAAAACUCCAGACUAAAAUAGAGGAACAGUGCCUCUCCCUUGACAUGCUGCAGGGUUCCUUGACGCUGAGAGAAAAAGAGACCAGCAACUUACAGAGGCAACUUCAGGACCUCCAAACAUCUCUGGAGAAAAAGGAGAAAGAGGCAGAGGAGGUGAAAAUGAGGGCACAAGAGGACCGAGGGGAGCUGCACAAGGAGUUUAAUAACCAGAAGGAAACUUUAGAAGAAGAAAUUGCUUCUUUAAGGGAGCAGAAAGAGAUUAAAGAAGUAGAGUUGACCUCCAGCUUGCAAAAGCUACAGCUCCUUGAAGGCCGCAACCAAAGCCUGAGCGCCGAGAGGGACAAGCUGAUGACAAAACUUGACACCCUUGAGACUUGCGUUCGAGAACAAGAUGCAAAAAUAGAAGACUACAGAACACAGUGUACCAAUCUAAUGGAAUUACACGAGAAGCUUCUGACCACGGCGAAGAAAAAUGAGGAUCUUAACAAGGAGUUGACAGAAAACCGAAAACUUCUCGAAGGUGAAUUAGCAUCCCUAAGGGCUUCUGAGAAACAACUAAGAAGGCAGCUAGACAAUGCUAAGAUGACAGUAGGUGAAAAAGAAAAGGGGCUGCGUGAGGAAAACCUCAAGCUGGAGGAGAGUCUGCAGCGGGCCAAUAUUGCCGCCAACCUCUCAGAUGUUGCGUCAAAGAAGCUUGAGAAGGAGAACAUGAGCCUGAAAGAGGAACAGGACACUGUCAAAGAAUCUCUCUUCCGCAUGCAGGCCGACUUAAAGAGUGUUCACGGGCAGCUCAGCGAGCUCGAGAAGAGCUUAGGAGACUCACGAAAGAGUGAAGCCUGCCUUCAGGAACAACUCCGAGCUGUGGAGGCGCAGCUGGAGAGUAAAGAGAAGCACCUGAUUGAGGUCCAGUCCAGGGUGAUGACUCUGGAAGCUACAGAGAAGGAGCUGGAGUUAUCAAAAGCAAAGGCAGAAGCAGCUUGUGCAAAACAGACAGAAAUGAUUGAAAUGGUUACCUGUGAGAAGCAAGCAAUGGAAAAAUGCCAGCUCGAGAGAAGUGCCAUCCAGGCUAAAGAGAAUCAGGAGGCGGCCGUUAAGCUAACCGUAAUGGAGGGCCAGUUGGAGGUUAGCAUGAAAGAAGUGUCCAGGCUCCAGGCGGACAUCCUUGACCUCAAGGUUAGCUCACAGAGAUCAGAGGAGGAGAAACUUAAGUCCCAAGCCCAGCUAGAGGUGACCGAGGCCCAGAGAGAUGAGCUGCGGACUCUGACCGAGCAGCUUAAAGUCCAGACUGAAGCCCUGAACCAGAAACAUGUAGCUGAGCUCCUAGAGUGCAAAAAGAAAGAAGAGGCACUGACAGAACAGCGCGACAGAGAGAUGGCAGCCCACGCUGAGCUCUCCAUCUCUGCAGCCGCCCUCCGAGAGGAAUUGGCUGCCCUCAAAGCAGAGAACAAUCGUCUUGACCUGGAGAACACAGAGACACGAGAAGGCUUACACCGAGCCAACACAGAAAUGGCUGAGCUGGGAAUAACGAUCUGUAAGCUAGGCGCAGAGAAGGAAGAGGCCAGGAAGCACUGGGCAGAUGACACCGCCGCUAUCGAGGAACUGAGGCACGAGGUCGAGCGCCUGGAGGAAUGCGUGGGCCAAUUGCAACUUGAGAAUGAAAGACUAGAAGGAGAGCUGACUCUUCAAGAGAAAUUCCCAGAAGCGAUCGCAAAACUUCAAGAACAACUGGAAAAGAGCAGGAACCAGCUGGAGAACCUCAAGCUUUCUAGUCAAGAGGAGAUGGAGGCUGUGAGGUUUCAGAUGAGCUCCGAUAAUAUGAACCAUCAAGUCCAGUUAAAGAAUGCGGAGAAACAGCAACUGCAACUCAAAAGCCAGCUUCAGGAGGAGAAGAAGACUGUGUCGGGUUUGCGGAAAAGAGUGUCUGAACUUCAGGCUGAGAAUGAGAAGUACCUACAGCUGAGCGGUGAGAAGGACGCUCAUAUCACCAAGACUGAAGCGACCGUUCGCGAGAGUGACGGCGCAAUUCAGCAGCUGAGAGAAGCCUUAACCAGUGCCGAAAACGCACACUUGGCAAUGCAAAAUGAAUGCGAAGAGUUGAAGCGUAAACUUGGCACGACAGAAGAUGCCAGACAAAGUCAGCACGUUAAGAUGACAGCUGAGAUAGAUGACCUCAACAGGACCAAGGUCAACCUAGAGGAGCGUCUCAUUGAGCUUAUCAGGGACAAAGAUGCUUUGUGGCAGAAGUCUGACGCCCUGGAGUUUGAGCAGAAACUGCGGGCGGAGGAGCGCUGGUGGUUGGUGGACAAAGACGCCACUCAUUGCCUUGGCUGUCAAGGCCAAUUCACCUGGUGGCUGCGCAGGCAUCACUGCAGGCUCUGCGGCCGCAUUUUCUGCUACUACUGCAGUAACAACUAUGCCAUGAUCAAGCACAGCGGAAAGAAAGAGCGUUGCUGCAAGGACUGCUACAGUCAACACAGCGCAGUUGUGGAACGGUUCACCGCUGCAGAGCUUAGCCCAUCUGAACAGCAAUCUUUACCGCCCGGAGCUGGACCUCAUCCUACACCUGAGCCUGCCCCGUAUCUUCCCACACCCAGUGUCACAGUUUCAGACCCGAUCAACAAGCCUGAUGACGGCACUUUUGACAUCAUCACAGAAGAGGAGGUAAACGGCGUCUAUGACAGUGACACCAAUUCACAGACCACUGGCGGCUCUUUUGAGGGAGAUCAAGAGCGAAGGCCACCCGGAUCCUUGGACAUAGGUGUAGGAGAAUUAACCCCUGAUGAGCCGGAGGAGAACGUUGCCCCUGUACAGGAUUCGGAAAUCAACCUUCUGAAGUCUGGAGAACUCACAAUGACAGUCCCGCUUAGCAUCGAGGACAUUUCCCAGUUUGGCGAUGGCUCCCGUGAACUCUUCAUCAAGUCCAGCUGUUACAGCGUGGUGUCUGUUGCUGUGGGCGACUCGGGGCCAACCAUCAGCUGGAUGUUUUCCUCUGAACCUAAAAGCAUCUCCUUCAGUGUUGUUUACCAGGACUCUUCUGAAGCUCAAGUGGAACAAUCAAAGGUCCUCAUUCCACUGACACGGUGCAAUUCCCACAAAGAGACCAUCCAGGGACAGCUGAAAGUGCGUCGGCCGGGCAUCUACGCGCUCAUCUUUGACAACUCUUUCUCACGGUUUAUCUCCAAGAAAGUCUUCUAUCAUCUGACCAUGGAAAAACCCAUCAUCUACGAUGGAAGCGACUUCCCUUGAAGCUUUAGCGUCGCAUGGACGUCACUGGAGUAGCACACAAAGUAAUACUUACAUUUAAACAACGUUUAAAUGCACACUUAUGUCGCCAUUUUUACAUGGAAGAGUGAAGUAACACUAGCAAAAAGCUUGUAUCACGUUUUAUCUUUAAAACAAGUCAACUAUAAGAUAGCAUUUUUAUAUAUAUGUAUUAUUAUUAUUAUUAUUUUUUUUUUUACGAUAGCAUUUUCAAUAGGUUUGUUGUUCAGUCUUCUAAUUCAAAAAUCCUCAAGAGUUUGAAAACAAGUUUUCUCGUGUGACUGAACACUAUUUGCACUGUGCGCACUUCUCAGGAGUUUUGGCAUAAAUGUGACACUUAGUUGUCAUUUUAUGUUUUUGUAUGCGGCGUUUUUAAAGCAUUUAUCAAAUUAGCUGCCAUUGACGGUGAUAGACGUCCAAUCCAUCUGAACUGGGAAGGCUGGCAGUGAACUAACAUUUGUUCCAUUUGCUGGCAGCCCUCCUAGUUCAAAUGGUUUGGAAGUCUAUUAGUGACAAACCAAUUUAAAUUCACAGCAAAAGACUGAAAAGAGCAACAUAAUUGGGCAUCUAUCAUUGUCAAUGGCACACCGCCAUCUUGCAUCCUGUAACAAGGUGAGAUGACGUGUUGCUUCCAAGUGCCUAUUGAUUAAUAGCUUGUUAUAAAGGUUCACUUUUGGGCAACUUUGUGUAGGUUGGGUUUUAUUACACAAGUCUUUUUGACAUAUUCUAAUAUUUUUUUGUGUGUGUCUUGUAUAUGACUAUUGUGUAUUUUUAUAUUUAGGGCGAAAAAAACAAUUGGGUAACAUUUGAACAUUGUUCUUGUUCAAGUAAGGGUUUAUACAUGUUGAUCUAAACUAUUUUUAAUUAGGACGAUUUUGUAUGCAAACCUUUUUUUCUCUACCGAGCUGCACUUGUUAAAAAAUAUAACAUUUUCAAAUGGUAUGACACACCCUUUUAUAUGUCUUUUACUUGAUGUGUGCAUGAAUAACUGCGAUACAUUUGCUGUAACAAACUCAGCAAUGUACUUGAUUUUCAGACAUUGCUCACCACUGUCCAAAUAAUCUGUAAAAGUGCGUUUAUGUUCUACUAAAACAGAUACAUGUCUUUUGGUAGGUCUUCCCAAAAUGGCAAAAUCAAUUCUAAUUGAAGUCUUAGCAGGCCUGCUGUUUGAAACACAAUUGUUGUCUUUUGUUUUGGCUUUGGUGUUAUUCUUUUCUUGACUUUUGUAUUUGUAUCUUGAGGGAAAUGAAACCUGCGUGAGUAA